CAUGAUGCAAAGCACAAUGUUUGUGAUCUGCCUCACCUUUGUGAUUCUAUGUCAAAGAGGAGCCUACGGAGAAUCCGAUACCCGAUUUGUUAUAUUUGGGGUGGCGAGUGAUCGCAAUGACGGCUUCGAUCGAUUUGUAGAAUCUGCAGUACUAUUUGAUCUCAAUGUAACGAUUUUGGGCAUGGGUCAGCAAUGGAAAGGUCUCGGGCAGAAAGUCCACUUGCUAAUUCCUGCCCUAGAGCCCUACAAGGAUGACAAUAACGUUAUCGUUAUGUACACGGACAGUUACGACGUGGUGUUCUUGGCUGGGCAGGAUGCCAUUUUAUCAAAGUUUAGCGACUUCAAGUCAAACCUUGUCUUUUCAGCAGAGGAAACGUGCUGGCCCGAAGAUAUGGCCGAAAAACAUCCUAGAACGACGUUCGGAAAGCGUUAUCUCAAUUCAGGAGGUUUUAUUGGUUACGCGCCUGCUGUUUAUGAGGCGCUAACGUUCGAACCAAUAUCUUACCGAGACAACGAUCAGGAAUUAUUUCAGAAAGUUUAUGUGAACGAAAAUUUUCGGAACAAGCACAAUAUGAAGUUGGACCAUCGAGCUUAUAUUUUUAUGAACCUAAAGGAUUCAGAAGAUGAGGUAAAGGUGAUGUACGACAAGAAUCGUUCCUGGAUCAGAAACGUUGUCUACGACACCGAACCCGUUUUGAUUCACGGCCCUGGUAUUGGACGGAGAAAACUUUUGACGCUGGGAAACUACGUUCCAAAUCGCUGGACUUCAGAAAGUGGCUGUACAUACUGUGACACUCACAUGUUUAGCUUACAACAUACAGAAGAAUCUGAAUUUCCUGACGUGUUGAUGGCCGUUUUUAGUAUCCGACCCACUCCGUUCUUUGGACGCUUUCUGGAAAAAGUUGCUGAACUAAACUAUCCAAAGAACAGAAUAAGUUUGAGGCUCUACGUCGUGAAUGAAUAUCACGACGCCGAAGCGACGAAUUGGGUGACCGGUGUUCACCAAUUAGGCUACCACAACGUUACACUAAUUUCUUCCAACAGCAAUUGGACGGAACGGGAAUGUCGUAACGAUGCACUACAGUCUUGUGUGACGACUAACUGUAGCUACUAUUUUGUUAUUGGCUCGAGUGUCAUGCUUUUGAAUCGGGAUACAUUACGAUUGCUGAUUGAGCAGAACAGAACGAUUCUGGCGCCUGUGAUUUCUCAGCACAACAAGUAUUUCUCAAAUUUUUGGGGGGAUGUGUCAAACUAUGGAUUUUAUAAACGAUCAGAUGAUUACAUUGAUAUUGUAACCCGCAACGUGACUGGUGUGUGGAACGUUCCUCACAUUCAAUCUGUCUAUUUGGUCAAAGGAUCAGCAAUUUCACGAUUUAGUCUUUCCUACAAUGGCUUUACAUUUAAUCCAAAUUACGACCCUGAAAUGGCUUUUGCUAGACGUUGCAUGUUUUUGACGGUGUUCAUGCACGUAACGAACAGACACUAUUUUGGUCGCCUUGUCGACUACAGUUCGUAUACUACAAACCAUCUUCAUAACGACAUGUACGACGUGAUACGAAACGAGUUGGAUUGGAGAGAAGAAUACAUUCAUCCUGAUUACUGGAAAACGUUCAAAACUAUCCUAUCUGUCCCAAUGCCGUGUCCGGAUGUCUACGUCUUUCCACUGAUUUCAAAAAAGUUUGCUAAAGAAUUGAUCGAAGAAAUAGAGAAUUAUGGGCAAUGGUCGGUAGUGGGGAGAGCUAAGAACGACUUGGGUGACGAUAGCCAUGUUGAACCACAUACCGUAGAUCUUCGACAGAUUGGUUUUGACGAUCACUGGAAGCAAAUUUUCAAAAAUUAUGUUCAGCCCGUUCACCAGCAUUUGUUUUCCAAUUAUCAAGCUGAGCUAUUUCUCGGUUCUGUUUUGAAGUUUACUGAAGGAAAACUCUCGUGGUUACUUCCGGAGAAAAAGUCCUAUUUCAGCUCAACCGUCUUUUUGUCUACUGUUGACGUAGAUUAUCAGGGCGAUGGAUGUCGCUUCAUGCGUCACGAUUGCAAAACUAAGGACCCGUCUGUUGGACACGUCAUGCUGCAUCCGGGAAUAACGACGCAUCGGUACGAACGGCUAAAUAUACAGCAAGGCACAUCGUACUUGGCUGUCUCGUUCAUUAAUUGAAUCGUGAUCCAGCUAUAGUUUGCGGAAAAGUAACAGCAUUGUGAAACUUAGUAUCUGUUAUUGUAGGCAUGUGUAGCUACUAGACUCUAUAGCAGUAGACAACAGUUUCAAUGUGUAUAGACGUUGCUCGCUGUUGAUUGGUAUGCAUCACUAGGUGCGGUGCGUAUAGAUUGAGAACAAAGUCGUCUGCCUCAGAAGGCAAUUUCAUAGUGUGACGGUAAUCGUAGUGAGAACAAGUGCAAA